AUGCUCACGUCCCGAGUCUUCGCGAUCCUUGCGCAAUGCCUAAUACCAUGCUGGUGCUACCGCAGCUUCAGCAACAGAUCCGAGCUCAAAGCUGCAGUUCGUCACUGGGACACAGCCAGGACUGCUACCAGAGCAGAGCUUGAAUCAACUUACGGAAGCAUAGCGCGCUGGGACGUGUCGGGUGUGACCGACAUGAGUGGCCUAUUUGCAAACAUGAGCGGCUUCAACCAGGACAUCCGGCUGUGGAACACAUCAGCCGUGGUAAACAUGAGUGGCAUGUUUUCUGGUGCUACGGCCUUCAACAAGCCCAUUGGCACGUGGACUACAUCUGCGGUGACGGAUAUGUCUUACAUGUUUUCGGGUGCCACAUCUUUCAACCAAGCAAUCGGCACGUGGGAUACGUCAUCGGUCACAAAUAUGAGCUCCAUGUUUGCUGGGGCUUAUGCUUUUGACCAGGCCAUCGGCUUCUGGGAUACGUCUGCAGUGACCAGCAUGUUUGCAAUGUUCUACGGUGCCAGUGCUUUCAACCAGGCAAUUGGUGCAUGGGACACCUCAUCUGUUACAAGCAUGAGCUGGAUGUUUGCCGCUUAUACUGGUUACCAUGCGUUCAACCAAGCUAUCGGCUCAUGGAACACAUCCGCUGUCAGAGACAUGUCCAGCAUGUUUUCGGGGGCAGCACAUUUCAAUCAAGCAGUCGGUGCAUGGGAUACAUCAGCAGUGACAAACAUGCAAGCCAUAUUCCGACGCGCCCGUGUGUUUGAUCAACCUCUUGACUCCUGGGACACAUCCGCUGUGACUGAUAUGAGCUUCAUGUUUGACGGGGCUGAGUCUUUCAACCAGCAACUUGACUCAUGGAAUACCUCGGCAGUGACGGACAUGAAGGACAUGUUUUCGUAUGCCAGAGCCUUCAACCAAGCCCUUGGCCACUGGAACACGUCUGGUGUGACAGACAUGGGCCAGAUGUUUUUGCUUGCCGGAAACUUCAACCAAGCCCUUGGCUCCUGGGACACGUCGUCCGUGAAAGAUAUGCACGACAUGUUUGCAAAUGCCGAAGCCUUCAACCAGCCCAUUGGCUCAUGGAAUGUGUCAGCUGUGACAACCAUGCAGCGGAUGUUUUAUGUUUCGAAAGCUUUCAAUCAGGCCAUCGGCUCAUGGGAAACAUCAGCUGUUACCGAUAUGAGCUUCAUGUUUGAAGGCGCCGAAGUCUUCAACCAGGCCAUCGGCUCAUGGGACACAUCAGCUGCAACAAACAUGCAGGGCAUGUUCGAUGGCGCGAAUGCUUUCAACCAGGCCAUCGGCCGGUGGAAUACGUCCGCUGUCACCGACACAAGCUAUAUGUUUAUGAAUGCGAAAGCUUUCAAUCAGGCUAUCGGCUCAUGGGACACAUCAGCAGUAGAAAGUAUGAACUCAAUGUUACGCAAUGCAGAGCAUUUCAACCAAGCCAUCGGCAAGUGGAACACAUCGUCUGUCAAUGACAUGGGCUGGAUGUUAAGUGACGCAAUAUCCUUCAACCAGGCAAUCGGAUCCUGGGAGACUUCGGCCGUCGCGAACAUGCAACAUAUGUUCGAUGGCGCAGCGGCCUUCAACCAACCCCUUGCCUCGUGGGAUACAUCCUCUGUCACAGAUAUGACGGGAAUGUUUGUGAAUGCCAAAGCUUUCAACCAGAGCCUCGAGUCAUGGAACACCUCGAAAGCAACCUGGUUGGGAGAUAUGUUCACUGGGGCUGACCGUUUUAAUGCUCCACCUUGUCUGGGAGGCACCUUCCCUGCCAGCAACAAGCUGGGCUGCACUGCUUGCCCGACCGGAUUUGCAGAGGCUGGCGCAUCGCACUGCGAGUUCUGCAGCCCAGCCUGGGUGCCUUCGGAAAACCGGAGCAUCUGUGUGCCAUGCCCUGCUUUCCAUUACACCCACGAAGGCUCGGACAUAUGUCUUGCAUGUGGCUUCCCUCGCAUACUUUUCGAGGAUGAAUGUAUUUGGUGGCACUUGCCGCUCAUAGCUCUCGGUGUCGCUGGCUUCCUGGUGCUUCUGAAGCUGAUGGCUGUGCGCAGGCAAUCGAGCAGGGCAGCCAAAGUGGAGCAACUCUUCGGCGAGCUCUACAUCGACUUGUGGGACGAAGAGCCAAGCACCGUCAGCCGUUAUGUUGGGAUGCUCAAAACCCUUGGCGUCGAUGCGCUCGUGGCAGAGGGCCGAGCAGCCCAGAUGCGCGCUUUGCAAAGCAACAUUGCCGGCGUCAGCAUGGGCUACCUCCUCUCGGACGAGUUUGCUGACCUGGCGAGGAAGCGCACUGGAAUGGAAGACCCAACAUUUAUCGACAUGAAAACAGCCUUUUGGUUGGCUGCGGAUCCGAUCGGUGAGAGUAUGUGCUGCCCCCGCGAUGGUCGUCCAGGCUGUGCUUUGGUGGACUGGAUCCCUCGCUAUGCUCGCCGCGAGCAGACCCACUUCAUGUCUUGGACGUGGCGGUACAGCCUCACGCAGAUCAGUAGUGCUUUGGACAUGUACCGAGCCAGCUCUCCCACAGAUUGCCGGGACAGCGUAUUCUUCUUCAUGUGCUUUUUUGUGAAUAAUCAAUACAGGAUUAUCGUGGAGGAGACAGCUGCUGGCAGCGACAAUCUGGAAGAGGUAUUUGAGUCCAACCUGACUCGCGUAGGGCAGAUGGUGGCUAUUUUGGACUCAUGGCAACAGCCCGUCUAUUUGUCUAGAAUUUGGACAGUGUACGAGCAGUUUGUAGCUUCCAAGAUACAUAUCCCUGUCACCUUUACGAUGCCGGCAGCUGCUACAGAACAUUUGUACCAGCAGGUUCACUUGGGCAAGACCGGUAUCGAGGAGAUCACAAGGUCUCUCAGCGAGGUGGAUUCGCAACAAGCCAACGCUUGGAAACCAGAAGACGAACUCAAAGUGAAGAUGUUGAUUCAGACAACGGUGGGCUUUGAUCAUGUCAACCAGCACGUGACGGACGUGAUGCUGCGAUGGUUCGGCGAGGUCAUGAAGACUCAUAUGCAAUUUCUUAUUGAUGCAGCCCGAGAGGCUGAAGAUGCCACACAUGCUAGCAUCCAGCCUGAAAAGGGCGAUUGA